GUUCCUGUUCUCUUUCUUAAGUCAUUUGAAACACUGUCCCAGCUCCUUCUGUAAGUUCACUGCAAUCUGUACACAAGAGAGAGAGGGAGAGGGAGAGAGAGAGAAAAAAAGAGAGAGUGCAUGAGAGCAGAAAGCAGGUAAAGAAAGAAAGAGCUUGGUGCUGCAGCUCUUCAGAUCUCAGGAGCUGGAAGCCACCAACAAUGCAGAACGAGUCAAGGAGGAUCAAAGAUGAAGAUGUGUGUUUCAACAUGGGUGUGAAGAGAGCUCCGCCUUUCCCCCAUUGCCUACAGUUGGGAGCCCCAAGGAUGAAAUCUCACCAGAGACAACCCUUCACAGAAGAGUUCAGGGGGCCCUUUGCCCAGUUUCGGUACGAACCUCCUUCAGGAGAGCUGGAUGGAUUCCCAGGAAUCUUAGAAGGAGGUGGGUCUCGGAAACGGAAGAGCAUGCCCACCAAAAUGCCCUAUAACCACCCUCCAGCUGAUGCCACAACUUCCCACCAACCUGACAAGGACAAAAGCCACAGCUCUCCUGGCCUACCUUUGCUCUUCCAGCAGCCCCCACCCCCCAAGUAUGACGCCCAGAUGAUUGACCUCUGUAACAUCGGUUUUCAGUUCUACCGUACCCUAGAACACUUGGGGGCCAAACCCAUCAAACAAGAGCCCAUCAAACCCAGCACCAUGUGGCCCCACCCUCCUCCCCCACCAUUCCUACCUACACCUUACCCCUACUACCCCAAAGUCCACCCGGGCCUGGUGUUCCCUUUCUUCAUGCCUUCCCCAGGUUUCCCCUACAGCCGGCAUUCCUUCCAGCCCAAACAUCCAACCCAACCACCAGUGCCCCAGAAAGCAGAGAGGCAGGACAGCGAGGAAAGCAAGCAGAAGGUGGAGAGGGUGGAUGUCAACAUCCAGAUCGACGACAGCUACUAUGUGGACGUGGGCGGAGAACAGAAGCGCUGGCAGUGCCCCAUGUGUGAGAAGUCCUAUACCUCCAAGUACAACCUGGUCACUCACAUCCUGGGCCACAGCGGCAUCAAGCCCCACGCGUGUACCCGCUGCGGGAAGCUUUUCAAGCAGCUCAGCCACCUGCACACCCACAUGCUGACCCACCAGGGCACCCGGCCUCACAAGUGCCAGGUCUGCCACAAGGCCUUCACACAGACCAGCCACCUGAAGCGGCACAUGAUGCAGCACAGCGACGUGAAGCCUUACAACUGUAGGAUCUGUGGCCGUGGCUUCGCCUACCCCAGCGAGCUCAAGGCCCACGAGUCUAAGCAUGAGAGCGGGAGGGAGAACAUCUGUGUGGAGUGUGGCCUGGAUUUCCCCACCCUGGCCCAGCUGAAGAGGCACCUCACCACCCACCGGGGCCCCAUCCAGUACAAUUGCACCGAGUGUGACAAGACCUUCCAGUACCCGAGCCAGCUCCAGAACCACAUGAUGAAGCACCAGGACAUCCGGCCCUACAUCUGCUCCGAGUGCGGCAUGGAGUUUGUGCAGCCCCAUCACCUCAAGCAGCAUUCCCUUACCCACAAGGGCGUAAAGGAGCACAAAUGUGGCAUCUGCGGGAGGGAGUUCACUCUGCUGGCCAACAUGAAGAGGCAUGUGCUGAUCCAUACCAACAUCAGAGCCUACCAGUGUCACCUGUGCUUCAAGAGUUUCGUGCAGAAGCAGACGCUCAAGGCCCAUAUGAUCGUGCACUCGGAUGUCAAGCCUUUUAAAUGCAAGCUGUGUGGGAAGGAGUUUAACCGAAUGCAUAAUCUCAUGGGCCAUAUGCAUCUGCACUCAGACAGCAAACCCUUCAAGUGUCUCUACUGCCCCAGCAAGUUCACCUUGAAAGGAAAUCUGACCCGCCACAUGAAGGUCAAACAUGGAGUCAUGGAGAGAGGAUUUCACUCCCAAGGUUUUGGAAGAGGAAGGAUGGCCCUCUCCCAGACAGUAGGGGUGUUGAGGAGCUUGGAACAAGAAGAACCUUUUGACCUUUCACAGAAACCUCGGGAGAAGGGUACCCCCUUUCACUCUGAUGGAGAGAGUGCCAAGGGCAGCUCGUGCCCUGAAGAGGAGGAGGAAGACACAUGCUAUGAGCCUGAGCAGUACAGCCCUGGUCCGUACCAGCAGGACAAGCCGCUGUACACGCCCCAGGACCUGUCUAGAAAAACUGAGCAAGUGAUGAAAACUCUGCAGGAGUCCUAUGGUGAGGAGAAGGAAGGCACGCUGAAUGAAGCCUUGGAGGAGAAAGGGAGAGACGGCGUCAGUGCAAGAGGAGGCCAUGAGAGAGACUUGGCAUGCAAAGAUGAGCUCCGCGGCUUCCGGGCUUUUCAGAGUGGCAGGCUGGAGCCUUCUUUUUCUGAUUAUCUUUACUUUAAGCACAGGAAUGAGAGUUUAAAAGAAUUACUGGAGAGGAAAAUGGAAAAACAAGCGAUGCUUUUAGGUAUCUAAAUGGACAGCUUUGAAAUUACCUUUGGAAAAUGAGAACCCGGUGGCUCAGAUGCAGCUUUCAGUAGAAGCUAUAAUUUGCUGGAAACUACCCAUUUGGGCAGCAUCUUAAAGAUGAUUGGACCAAAUCAGUAGGAAUGAUUUAAGGCAAAGUAAAUGCCAUGCAGGUGUUCUGUUGGCCCUUUAAUGUCAAUAGCACAGUUUGAAGUCUUUUCUUCAGUGUUGUUAUAGUCCCUAAUGUAUGUAAUAUUCCCUUGGAUAUUUAAGUGAAAGUGGACUCUCAGCUGGUUACGGGGAUUUUGUUUUCCUAUACCGCCCAUAUGCAUCACACCCAUACCUUUUCUUUCUAGUUGCCAAAUAGCAAAGGUUCUUCAGGUAUUAACUUACUAAUGAUGAGUUAGUAACAAAUAGACACGGUAGAUCUCAAGAAAAUAUUUUUUUCCAAAUAGACUAAAAUAUCAUUAGGUACAUAUAUGACAAUAGCAUUUGAUGAUUUUUUUAAAAGAAACUUUCCAUACAUACCAGAAAUGACUCCAGUGACUCAAGAGUUAGUCAUGGGACCUGGAAGUUCCCAAGAUGUAGCUGGAAAAGAGAGGUGAAGUCUAAGAUAAGACUUUCUAUGUUAUCAAGUGUCUGAGAAAUUGGAUUCAGAAAAAACAAAAACAAAGAAACUAAGUCACUAACCAUAUAUACUAAUGUCCUGCCCCAGCUCCAUUUUGUUGGGGAAAGACAGGAGACAGAAUCUUCAUGGUCAUCGGAUAAUAGGCCAUGUGUUCUAGAUCUCCAGCCAAACAUGCAAUAUGAGUAACAGGAAAGAGUACCAGCUAUGAAAUCCAGCAAUCCUAGGUUCUAGUCUCAGCCUUGGUCACUUGGUACCUGGGUAACCCUAGAAAAGUCCAUUUUUCUCUCUGGGUCUUACUUUUCUCAUCUAUAAAAUUAAGGCUGGUGUACUGGAUGAAAGGCCCCUUCUAGCAUUCAAUCCUAUGAUCAAAGAUCUUGAGGAAGUUGCCAACCACCACACCUAAGUUUUAUGUCAACAAAAGCAGUGGCAAGGGGUGGGGCAUGGGCGCUGGAGGGGGGCAGGGCUGCAUUUUGCUAAAGGACCAGUGAUUUAUUCACUCCUCAGUCAUCUCAGGCUGGGAAAGAUGUCCUCCCUUGAAAUUCAAGCUGUGGCUUUUAAGAGAUUUUACAGUGAUGACUGGAAGCCUAACAUAAAUGAAAUAUUGUAGCAUUAUCCCCCACCUUUGGAACUCUCACCUUGUAGGAUAACAAACACUUACCCCCGACUUCCAAAGAGCCAAGUCAUCAGUAUGACUGAUUUGGGUCACACUCAUCAAGAAAGUCACAAAUUUCCAACUUAUGUCUCCACUUUGCUUUAAUCCUUGAUAAAAUAUGUAUAUACAUAACACAUCUAUAUACUGAUAUACAUGUAGAGGUGUGUGCAUUACAUACACAUCUUUCGUAUAAGAGGAUGCUUGUGGUGUCUGUUUUAUUUGAUUGUUUUGAAAAAAAUGCAAGAUCCACCAUAAUAAGGCUGAUGAUUUCUAACUGAACGCCAUGCCUGCAAUUCUACUAGAAGCCUCUAGGUAAAUAUGAUGGUCUUAAGUCACCUUCCUUGCAGUUAACUUUGUAAGUUAAUGCCAAAUACUUGAAAAAUCUAUUUCUUCUUUGCUGAUCUCCCAAGAGAUUGGCUCAGGGUUCUGUGAUGCCAGGGCAUUUUUCACAUCUAAACAAGUGCCUUCUACAUUCAGAUACUAAGGUAAGGGGUCAAUUACCACCCAGCAUCCUUCUGUCUUCCUCAUCAUCGUCUUUGGGAUUCCUGUUGCUCAAUAGCUCAUUCCACUGACUAUUUCUAAGUGGAGAGGGGAUGUUUCUAAAACAUAGGAAUAAAUGGUAAUUUAUGGAGUUGGCACAUUGUUAUGAACUCCUCACAAAAAGGAAGGAUCAAAGCAAUUUGACUAGCGGUGUGUUCUUCUCCUGAUGGCAACAUACCUUUGGGUAGGAUUUCCUGUGGCAGAUUUGUCAAAUUCAGUGAACCAGGCUACCUUCUGCUCAUCACCAUGCCGGGAGCCAGCCAUAGUAUACAGCCAUAAGAUCAUCCCUGUAGGCCACACCUUCCUCCUCUGUAAUUCCAGAGGCAAAUCCCACAGUCGUAGAAAAUAGAAAUCUGGUAGAGAUACAGAGCAUAAUAAACCACUUUGUAACAAAAGCCCAGCCCCCAAAAAGGCAAAUUUUCCCAUUAGCUACAAAGCAGAGCCUGGCUCUAAUUGGUCUUACUAAUCCAGGUAAUAUUUUCUUCCCUCUCCUUCCUUUGGGUCACAGUUUGUUGACGAUAUCAACCAAUUCACUGGUAUUGGUGUCAGAACAAAAAUGCCUUUCCAUGAUUUCCAUCCUGCUGGAGAACACCAGCUAUAGAAAUCUGGAAUAUACGGGCAGUGGGCAUAGGCUAAAUGGCUUCAGUGGAAAGAUGUUGUAAACUUGACCCACAAGCAUAUCCCUAGCGUGGUCUCCAUGGCACUAAUUAUCAAGUUGGACCUAAAAACUGACAACAGUCAUAAGCUUAAGUGAACAUCCAACUUCCAUGUGAAUACCUACCCCUCCCCAUGCUUUCAUUUGAAAUGCUUUAGGGUUUAGAAGUAGGACAACAAACUUAGUGGUUACUUUUAAAAAUAUUAUCUUUGAAAAAUCCUUGCCAGAAGUGUGAGUAAUAAGGGCCUAGUAGAUGUUUCCAAUCAACACGGUGGUUAUUGGAAGUGAUCAUUGAUGGUUAGACUCAUGUUUAUAUGAACAGAGAAUGGUCUAGAAGUACUUGUUGAAACUUGGAACAGGAAAUCAAGUAAAUUGUGGGCUGUGUUCAUUUUUGCCAAUGAUUUGGUGUCUGAUCUAAGGCUUUAAUGUGGUGACAAAAGGAUUAAUUGAAUUUGAAUAAGAAUAAGGUUAGAUUUUGGACCACCACAGGCUGCCCAUUAAGUCAUGUCAUGAUAUAGGUGCCUCAGAGUGUCCUGGAAUAUAAUGCUUCUCCCCUGACACUCAGUAUGCCAUAUGUCUGUUUUAGUCAUCUCCCUCCAAUGGGCCACCCAACAUCAGAAUGAAAAUUUAAGAGAGUUCAUCAAGAAAACCAUUUUUUAGGAACCAAAGAAAUCUAAUCAGAGUUCCCAAUUUAGAGAAUUUGACAUCAAUCCUCAGAAAUCAUUUUAGAUAAUAAAUGCUCUAGAGCAGAGAUGUCAAACGUGAAGCCUGGGCAGCAGGAACCAGAUUAAGAUGCAAUUGGGAAACACUUAACAAAAUGAAUAAAAACACAGUAGGACAUAGAUAACGUUUAUAUGUGGUUUUCUAAAUCAAUAUGUCACCUUACGUACAGUUUAUGUGCAGUUUGGUAGCUCUGUUCCUAUUUAAUAAUAAUAAUGUGGCACUAACUACAUGCCAGGCAUUGUGUUGAGUGCUUUACAUACAUUAUCUCAUUUGCUCCUCACAACAACCCUGGGAAAUAGGUGCUAUUAUCAUCCCCAUUUUACAGAUGAGGAAACUGAGACAAACAAAAGUUAAGUGACUUGCCCAGGGUCACACAACUAGUAAGUAAAUGUUUUGUUAAAUAUUUCCAGUCUGAGACUGGAUUUGAACUCGGGUCUUCCUGACCCCAAGACCAGCACUCUAUCUACUAUGCCUCCUAGUAGCCCCUGAGUUUGAUGCUGCUGCUCUAGAAUUUCCAGUUUGGGCUUCAAGGAGCAUGCCAACAUAUUAACAUUCCCAAAUAACAUUCUGAAGGUAGAUCAUUAGUAUAAACCUUCCAUCCCUGUUGCAUAGUUGGAAUGAAUCAAAUCAAUGAAUUGAAUGAAUGACAUAUCUGUCAUUCAUCCCUUUUAUUAUUUCUACUUCUCCCUUUCAACUCCUCUCUUCCUCUCCCCCAGCCAUGAAACUGAAGCUCAAUAUUUCGUCAACUGCAUCCUCUACAGUGGCACUGACCCUCAGGUGUAGGAGGUCUAAGUGUGUAUAUCUACAGAUGGGAGAAAGCACUAUGCACAUACUGUAUUAAGCUAAGCAGGUAUUUAAUAUGAUAUUAACCUGAUGUUUGGAAUGACAACCUUUGCUAAGCGAGAAUAGGACAUAACAGAGCUAACAUUCAUAACACAUUUGGAAAAUGCAGCACCAAAUAUUGAUGUACAGAAUGCCAGUUUGCUAUUUAAAAGAAAGAGGCCAAGUGUAUAGUAACCCAAGUUGUGGAUACUUAACUUUCUGCUUCACUGCUAAAGCAGUUUUACCUGAAAAUAACACACAGCCUGUAUUUUGUUAAUUUAAGCGAAUAAAGACUUGUUCAAAAACCCA